UGAUUAUUAACAAUAAGUACUUGAAAACUCAAUAUAUAUUAAGUUUUUCAAUGACUACUUACUAAUUUAUCGUAAAAAUAUUUUUUUACUAUUUUAUAAAUUGACUACUAAACUCCACGUCGACGCUACGUCGUAAGUAGCAGUGAGUCGGUCUAACCUCAAAAGAGCGUGAGCAAAUGCGUUUGGUGCGUGUUAAAAAAUGUCGGAACAAAUUUAUCGGUGGAAAGGCAAAAUUGUGACGAAAAAAUUGUAUGACGAACGAGUCAGAAUCCAACAACUUGGACGAUGCAAUAGGAAGAAAUCAGUGCUCUUAGAGAAUGUUUCUUUUAUACAAGAGCAGGAGUCCUAUAGCCAAGAAGAUAGGCUUGGAGAAAAAAAAAGCGAACUUACGCUAGAAGAGUUUGAUAAUUUGGAUGGUCGGAGAAUUGUGGAAUUGAAGACACUUGGUUCUCAAUUAUGGUGUGUGUCUUGCAAGGAAACACUGUCCUUGGAAAAUAUUGAGAGGGAAGUGCGGCGUGGAUUUGGCUCCAUUUGGACUGUGCGAUGCCACAAGUGUUUGCUUUUGAACGAAGUGACCACUGGAAAGCAAUAUAUACUUUCGAGCAAUAGAAAAUCUGCGCGAUUUGACAUAAAUUCGAAGGCAGUCAUUGGGGCCUUGCAUAGCGGAAUGGGUUGGACGCACCUCAACAAACUAUUUGCAUGUAUGAAUAUUCCAUGUCCAGACUUCAAAACGUUCAAAAAAUAUGAAACUGAAAUUGGAACCAUAGCUGAGGAAGUCUCCAAGGAAAGUUGUAAAGAUGCAACUGCUUUGGAGAGAAAAAUGACUAUAAAAAAUAUAGAUACCAUCGAGAAAUCCCUGUAAAUAUAGUUAUCGUAUUUCAACUGAAAUAUUGAAGAACGUGCUAUCUCAAAUUGAAAUAACACAAUUUGAGAUUGCACAUGUUGCUAACACGAUUUGAGAUAGCACAUUCUUCCAUACUCCUGUUGAUUUGAAAUAAUGAAACUGAACUGAUUUGAAAAAUGAUUAAUUUAUAGGAAAAGAACAUAUUUUUAAAGAAUUAUGUUGUUAAAUUUUUAGUUUCAGUUUAUCUAUAACUUUUCUUUGUAUAUACGAAUUAUUGUUCGGCUAUUUUUGUAGUCCAAUAUGUAUUAAUUACAUAAUUUAUAAUCAUGAAUUUGUAAAUAUUUGUACUGGGUAUAGCGAAAAGUACAUUGUUAAAUAGUAAUCAUACCCACUACAAUGUUAACCUCAUAUUUUGCUAUUCGUUUAACGUUUAGGAAGUUUUUUUUCUAUCACAAUAAAGACAAUCAUCGAAAAAUUACAAGAUAA